UACCAACUCAACCACCCUUUUCUUGCUGCUUUCCUGCCACGCAAUCAAAUCCAUCAUGCCUCUCGUCGUGCCCGGCAUCAUGACCAAUUCCGACGACAAGACCCAAGACUGGGCCAACAAGCUCGUCGGAAAGACCUUUUCAGAAACCGAAUCCAAUGAGACGAUGUUUUGCAAAAAGGACCUGCCAGAGUUUCACCGCAUCAUCAAGCCGGGCUCGAUUGUCACCAAGGAUUUCCGGCCGGAGCGGUUGAAUGUGCAUUUGAAGGAGGACGGCACCGUGUCGCAUGUUGUUCAUGGAUAGAGAGAGGAAGCUCCUGUUACUUAGCUAUAGUAGCUCUGCUACGAGGAGUCGAGCAAUCGUGCACACGCGACAAGAUUCCUUAGUUAUACCAAAAAAAAAUUAAAUUAUUACGUCUUACUAUUGAAAGAGGAUGACGACUUU